CACUACUAUAUAACAAAUAAUUUGAGCUAUGUAGUUGAUCUGCGAGGGAGGCUUUGUGACAUGGCUGAAGGAGGACCUCUGCCUGAUGACAAUGGUUUCACAGUCCCGGACAACCCAGUUUUGUUUGGUCACUUGGAACUGAGACAUGAGGCCGAGGGUGAUGACGUCAGAGAGAAUCUUGUCUUCCCCUGGUCCGAAUAUACCCUGCCUGAUGAAUACAGUCCUAUUGUAGGCCACCACCGCGACCGUGAGCCUGAUGCUCUCUCCGGGUCAGGCAACUCAGCAGCAACAGACCCCUUCGAUGUAGACAGCUCAGAUGUUCGAUCAGAGACUGCGUUUGAUGAAGCAAAAGAAGGAAUGGCAAGCACACCCCGGUCACGCAAGUAUUCAAACUCCAACUCGGGGAAUUCUGAGAACUCAGCUGGCUUUGAUUUCACGGAUCUUGAAACUGAAGGAGACACAAACAGGUUCACACAAGCAGUUAACAUUACCAGUCCAGCUUCCUUCGGGUUUGCAAUGCCUGACAUGGGGUUCUUUGGUGUGGCCUCACCUCCCAACUACUACAAGAUACACGACUGGAUGACACGUGACGUUCCAAUCUACAGACACAGGAGGUCCUCCAGUUCCGAGGACAGCAACACAGGCCCUACUAUUCCCAUCAGGACUAACGCUCAGCACGAGGAGAUUGCGUCUCCUCGCAGCAUUCCAAACUCCCCUCGGUGGCUCAUGAUCGAAGGACAGUGUUUCUCUUUUUCUCCUCGGUCUAUUCCAAAUUCACCUCCACAGUCCCCUUUGUAUAAAAGACAGGCGACUAAGCAGGCGAAAAUAUUUGAGGACAUCAAUGAAAAUUGCCAGCUGAUCAAUACACCCGCAUUGUUUCUACAAUCAAAGAAGUGUUACGACCUUAUUCCAAAUAGCGGCAAACUUAUUGUAUUCGACAAGAAUCUGUUGGUCAGGAAAGCGUUUACAGCCCUCAUUGCUCAUGGGACUAGAGCCGCUCCAAUAUGGGACUCGAGCUGUCAAGCGUACACUGGGAUGUUAACCAUCACAGACUUCAUUAACAUUCUACAUCAAAACCAGAACAAGGAAGGCAAACAUCUGAAUAUAGCGAAUAUCAUCGAGAAUAAAACUAUCGAGGAGUGGAAAGUUAUCUCGGAGAAAUCCAAUGUUAAUAAAGGACUAAUUUCUAUUGAUCCUAUGGAGACGUUGUUUACAGCAGCAAAGAUAUUGUUAGAAAAGAAAAUACACAGGUUACCGGUAAUAGAUCCCAGAUCUGGGAAUACACUCUACAUUCUGACACACAAACGGAUAUUGAAUCAUAUCUACCCUUACAUUAUAGAAUCUAAACUUGAUCCUUUCUUCUCCAUUCCGAUACAAACUAUAGGAGUGGGCACUUACGAGAAUGUCAAACAGCUCAGAUACGAUUCAAAGUUGCUACAAGCUAUGGAGUGUUUUGCGAAGACGAAGAUCUCAGCCAUUCCUAUAGUUGAUGACGAGUUGAAAGUUGUUGACAUCUAUGCCAGAUUUGAUGUUAUUACCCUGGCUUCACGUGGUAAAUAUAAUGAUAUGGACAUGACGAUCAGGGAAUGUUUGCAGCUUCGUUCUACUCAGAAAGUGGAAGUAUUGACUUGUAGGGCUACGGACAGUCUGAUAGAUGUUAUAAAGUCAAUUUACAGCGCUCAGGUACACAGGCUAGUUGUGGUAGACGACACCAAGCACGUGGUGGGUCUGGUUUCACUGUCAGACUUGUUCCGAUUCCUGGUCUUCAGGUCUCAUUACUCUAAAACUAAAAGUGAGGAGAAGCCAGAGAUCGACGAGGAGUCUCACUUCCAGCAGUUUGAAUUCGGGUAGUAUUUAAGUAUUGGUAAAGAUCAUUUAAUGGAAAGGAUACAAUGACUACGAAGAAGAAUUACAAGCGACAAAUGCUGGUCGGGGAACUUUAUACCUUUAAACAGAAAAAAGAGAAAGAAACUAUCACUUUGUGUUCAACUGUAUAACGUUUUUAAAUUGGACUGAUGAUAUCUGAUUUUGUACCGGACUAUAAAUUAUUUCUUGAUCAAAGUUAGGUGGUAAAUAUGGCUUACAUUUUUUAACUAGAAAAUUGCCGUGUCUGUUGAGUAUAGAUGGACAGAUUUGAAAUAUAACGAGAAGAUUGUCAGUUCAUUGGCCAGCUGGUGGACAACACAAUUUGGUUAAUUUUAUAAGGGAUCGUUCACAUAUUACGUUAGCCAACCUAUGGCGAAGGGGGUGAACGAUCUAAUUUAAACAUAUAGGGUGGAUCUGUCUAUUUGUAUUUGGUUAUUGUUAUUUCGUACAUUGUACAUUGAAUAACGACUGUUUUGGAA